AGUUAAUUGAGGAAGUGUUUGUGUUCGUGAAAACAUGCCUCCAUCGAUGGCGACUGCUGACAAGAACGAACCAGAUGAAUUGUUCGAUGUUCGGAAUGCAUAUCAUGUCGGAAAUUAUCAGCAGUGCAUCACUGAGGCCAACAAGGUUAACCCCAGCUCUGUGGAGCUGAAGGUUGAAAAGGAUGUCUUCAUGUAUCGGGCGUACAUUGCCCAGCGCAAAUUUGCGGUCGUGUUGGGCGAGAUUAAUUUGGGCUCAUCUCCUGAACUAUUGGCCGUGCGGAGGUACGCUGAGUAUCUCUCAGCGAACAGCGAGAAAAAGUACGUCUUUUUUAUUACGCCGAGGCACACCCUGGGCAUACUUUCGAUUUCGUGUUCCAGACGGUCAAUAGUGGAGAAGUUGGAACAAGAUGUGAAGAAAAUUGAUGCGAACUCGACCUAUGAAGUUGUACUUGCGGCUACGAUUUUUACAUUGGAAGAAAUGUUUGAAGUUGCCUUGCGAUUGCUGCACAAUGCCGAAGCCCUAGAUCGUGCCAUGGUGAUGUACAUCUUGCUGAAAAUGAACCGCCCGGAUCUUGCCCGGAAAGAACUGAAAAACAUGCAAGACAAGGAUGACGACGCUUCUUUGACGCAACUCGCUCAAGGAUGGUUGAAUCUGUCCUCGGGUGGUGAUAAGCUGCAAGACGCCUAUUACGUCUUCCAAGAAAUGGCUGACAAAUACGGCAGCUCCCCGCUUUUACUCAACGGACAAGCCUGCGCGUUGAUUGGACAGGGUAAAUUCGAAGAAGCCGAAUCCGCUCUUCAAGAGAGCCUGGAAAAGGAUCCCAACAAUGCCGAUACACUCGUCAACAUGAUCGUCCUGUCGCAGAGUCAGGGUAAAGCUCCUGAAGUGGCCAACAGGUAUCUGAAUCAGUUGAAGGAUUCCCAUGCUGAGCAUCCAUUCGUGAAGGCCUUCGGGGCAAAGGAGAGCGACUUCGAGCGAGUCACGAAGCUUUACGCUCCUUCAGUUGUCUCGUGAGAGCAAUGUAUCGUUCCGGAUCAUUCGUUGAAGUGGAUUUUUUUUUCUUUGUUGGUUUCGAAACUUGCACGCGUUUGAAAGUGAAGGAUUAUUUAAUCCGCUGGACUGCAGUUCCUUCUAUUGUUUUUCCUUCGGUUACAUUCAGCUGAUGAUGGCGCACGAUUGGAGAUUGUGUGAAUUAUUUUUCUGGAUAAAUGGGAUUGUGUCUUGCGGGCACUUCGUUGCAAAUUGGAUAUCCUGGGAAAUUUUCUGCCCUGGGACUUACCGUAUCUACGCAAAUCUAAGCUAAAUUCUAAAAUUUGGUAAAAAGGGCUUAUAUUCGCGUGAAUACAGUACAGUCGCACCUCUUGAAGUCGAAUUCCGAGGGACCAGCAAAAAAUUCGAGAUAGAAAGGUUUUGACCUGGGGGAAAAAUAUUUUUGUUGUGCAAAAUAAAGAAUUACAGGAACUUAUAAUUGGUGAUAUUCUCUGGG